AAUGAUAUGAAUGAAGUUUUAUACAUCAUUAUUAUUUUACUGCUAUAUUGUGCAUGAUGAUUUCGCUUAUAACUAAUCUCCCCAAAGUAUAAAUAAUAAAAGCCAUAAGUCAAGACCAAGAAUCUCAGAACAUGAGUCUGCCAACAUUGCGAACCGCUCGUCUCAACCUCCGUCCCUUGGCACAACAUAACCGGGACGAUAUCAUAGACCUCGAUUCCGACCCUCAAGUUAUGAAAUACGUUCACCGUGGCCGCCCACUAACUCGGGUGGAAGCUGAUCAAGACCACCAAGAGCGUCUCUCAGCGUCCAGACAAGUCCCGGGUCUAGGCUAUUGGGCAGGUUACCUUGAUGACACAUUUAUCGGAUGGGCAGCUCUCUCGCCUAUACAAUCCAACAGCGGGACAUUUAAUGCACAAAAAGCCGAGAUAGGAUACCGGAUCUCACCUCGUUUUUGGCGACGGGGGUAUGCUAAAGAAAUGGCUCGCGAGUUAUUAAGGUAUGGAUUUGAAGAACUGGGUUUAUUAGAGGUUGUUGGGCAGACGAUGGCUGUAAAUGAGGCGUCAAGAGCGACCAUGAAGGCCUGUGGGAUGCAGCAUGUACGUACUUUGUAUAUUGAGUUUGAGGAUCCUAUUCCUGGGUCGGAGGAUGGUGAAGUUGAAUACGCAAUUACAAGGGAAGAAUGGCUGGAGCUUCAGUUGCAUUCAAAGUAGGGAGACUAUUGUCUAUGCAUAAGAAUGUCUUAGAUUCAGGGUGAUUCGUAUGCUUAAAUUAGUUUUUCUCCUCUCUCC